AGAGGGAGAGCUAGCUCGUGCGCGCGCAGGCCGUCCUUCCCUUCCCCCACCUCCUUCCGGCCCUUCUUCGCUCUUGCUCUCGAGCCCCUCACUCCUGACCGCGUGCGUCCCCGUGCGUGCGUGCGUGCGUGAGUGCGUGCCGGCUGCCCCCAGGCCCUCGCCCCGGCGGACCCCACGCGCCAGCCCCCCACCCCUCGGGAAUCGCUCCCCUUCCCCGCGUGCAGGCGGCCGCCAUGUGCUCCCUAGCCACGGGCGUCACUGGCGCAGGGCGCCGGCUGCAGGAGGCCGAGGAGGAGGUGCCUGCCUUGUCGGACAGCGGAGACGAGGCGGCCUGGGAGGAGGAGGACGAGGACGAGGAGGCGGACCCCCGCCGCGAGAGGCAGCAGACCCCCUGCCUGUUCUGUGACAGGUUAUUCACUUCUGCUGAAGAAACAUUUUCUCACUGUAAGUCUGAACAUCAAUUUGAUAUUGACAGCAUGGUCCAUAAACAUGGACUUGAAUUUUAUGGAUACAUUAAGCUAAUAAAUUUCAUUAGACUUAAGAAUCCAACUGCAGAGUAUUUGAAUUCCUUAUGCAACCCAGUGCCUUGGGAGAAAGAGGAGUAUUUGAAACCAGUGUUAGAAGAUGACCUUUUACUUCAGUUUGAUGUAGAAGAUCUUUAUGAACCAGUGACAAUCCCGUUCUCCUACCCUAAUGGGCUCAGUGACAACACUUCUGUUCUUGAACGGUUGAAGCACAUGGAAGCAAGAGCACAAGCUGCCGAAGCAGCGUUAGCUAGAGCCCGGGAAGACCUCCGGAGAAUGAAACAGUUUGCACAGGAUUUUGUGAUGAACGCAGAUGUCAGGACCAACUCGUCAUCCACCACUAUCAUUGCGGACCUUAACGAGGAUGAGGAUGGUGUUUAUUUCAGCUCGUAUGGGCAUUAUGGGAUACAUGAAGAGAUGCUAAAGGAUAAAGUACGAACAGAAAGCUAUCGAGAUUUUAUAUACCAAAAUCCACAUAUUUUUAAAGAUAAGGUAGUUCUAGAUGUUGGUUGUGGAACUGGAAUUCUCUCUAUGUUUGCGGCUAAAGCUGGUGCAAAAAGGGUCAUUGGAGUUGAUCAAUCAGAAAUACUUUAUCAGGCAAUGGAUAUCAUAAGGCUAAAUAAACUUGAAGGUACCAUUACUUUAGUCAAAGGAAGAAUUGAAGAAGUUGAUCUACCUGUUGAAAAAGUAGAUGUUAUCAUAUCAGAGUGGAUGGGCUAUUUUCUCCUCUUUGAGUCUAUGUUGGAUUCUGUCAUUUAUGCAAAGGACAAAUACCUGGCAAAGGGAGGAUCAGUCUACCCUGACAUUUGCACAAUCAGCUUAGUGGCAGUGGGAGAUCCAAACAAAUAUGCAGAUAGGAUUGCUUUCUGGGAUGAUGUGUAUGGGUUUGACAUGUCGUGCAUGAAGAAGGCAGUUAUUCCAGAAGCUGUUGUGGAAGUUUUGGACCCAAAGACGAUUAUUUCAGAACCCUGUGAAAUUAAGCAUAUAGAUUCUCAUACUGCAUGUGUCCCUGAUCUCGAGUUUUCUUCAGAUUUCACCCUGAAAAUCACAAAACUGUCCAUGUGUACGGCAGUUGCUGGCUACUUUGAUAUUUUUUUUGAGAAAAACUGCCACAAAAAAGUCUUAUUCUCUACGGGUCCCCACACUACCCCAACUCACUGGAAGCAAACAAUAUUUCUACUUGAGAAGCCAUUUUCUGUUAAAGCAGGUGAGACCUUAAAAGGAAAGAUAACCGUUCAAAAGAACAGGAAAGACCCACGUUCUCUCAUCGUUACUCUUAAAUUGAAUAACUUAAGUCAGACCUAUAGCCUUCAGUGAAAGUGAUUCUGUGUAUACAAAACUAAGUGAAGACAUAUUGGGUGAAGAAGCAUGAGGUGCGGGGAGCUGUUCCUUCACGUGGUUGAUGGGUCCUUCACUAAUGAGUCUCUUGAAUAAGAGAAAGGGGGGAGAGAUGUUUCACACAAGCACCAACCGAUUAAUUUCUAAAAUGGGAUCUGUGUAAUCAUGUACUCUUAAGUCUGACAACAAACUAUCAAGCAAGAUAGAUUUCCUAUGCUGUGAAAAUAAUGAAAAUUAAAAUUGACUUAAAUUUGGAAUAAAUGUAGCUGGAAAAAACAUCAGUUUUCAUCAUAUAAAUUACAGUUGAAAAAAUUUAGGAGAACUCUUUUAGUUUCCCAACUUAGCUGAUCCUGUUGUGGACGGCCCUUAGGGUCAUCGUCCUGUAUCUUCAUAUUGUGAGCUCUCUACUUGGACAUCCUUUCACUAUUACCCAGUAUAUGUAAAGUCAAAAGCUGUGCCUGAAGGUCCAUAGUAUUUUCAAAGACCCAGAAGUUCAUAUAUUAUCAUUUUCUUCCCUCUAAUGACUUUUUCAAUUAAAUUAUGUACUGGUAACAGUUGUAAAGUUUGGUUAAAUAUACAACAGUUAAUGGUAAUAUUAUAUAAUGUUUCGCUGUCUAAAAUUAUGCUAUUUGCAAUUAUUGCCUCAGGUUGAAAGAAAAAAGUAGCAAGCAUUCAAUAAAAUAAUAUAUAGUACUACAAUCAAUAUUUAAAAUGGGUCCUACAAAGUAGCCCCUUUAACAGAACACAUUUUAAAGUCAUGUGCCCAUGCCUUGCAAUCAAAAGAUGGGUUUUUCUCAGAACUAAAUAUGCAGGGAGUAUUAUUAUAACACGGUUCUACCAAAGAAAAUUCCUUUCUUUCAGAUAAAAUUUGGGAACCCCAACUCCAACUAUCUACUACCCCUUACUGUGUGUUAUCCCAAUAAUAUAAUUGGAAAUCAGUAUGUUUGUAAGAUAAAGAGAAAUUGCUUUCUCUCCAUUAGACUUAAAAAAAAAAAUUCAUCAUCAUAGUUUUUAAUCCAAGAGCAAUCAAGAAUCGAAACUUCCCCUCAGCCAUCACUACUACCAAAUAUUACAAUUUUAAUGUCAAAAGAGAAAGUAUAUCCCUUCAAAUGGUAAGGUUAAGAUAAUCACCAGAUACUCAUACCUACAUUCCUUCAAUUUUAUUGGUGCUAAACUUAACCAGUUUCCUCAUAUUGAAAUUCCUAAAUCAUUCACUUUCUAGGAUACAGCAAUAAAUUUAAGUGUAAGAAUUGAAAACAGUGAGGCCUAAAAUGAUGAUGACGACGAUGAUUAUGACUACCUGAAAUACUUAAGAAUUCCUUUUCAUUUGCCUCACUGGGCUGAAUAGAAUGGGCUGAUAGAAUCCGACAGGAUCCCACAGGAAAAUACUGUGCAUGGCAGAGAACUCAGCAAACGCCAUCAGGAUUCUUUUCUAGGAGGUAAGGGCCAGAUUAGUCCAAAACUGUGACGUCUGUUCCUUCCAAAGAAGAAUACUUCCUUAUUGAAUUAAUAGCUAAGAAAUAUUAUACCCCGCCCAAAGAGUAUUGAAAUGAAUUGCUCCCUUUUAAAAGGAUACACUCAAGAAAUAUGAAUUUGACAUUAACCAUAAACACAAUCUCAAAAUGUGGCUAUUUUUCUGAAUGGACAAUAUUAGCGAGCCGUCUGUGAUGGUAAGUGAAACUAUUUAAAGAAGAAUUUCCUCUUAUAAGACUCAGCUCUAUUCACAUGGCUUGUUACCUUGAUAAGCCAAUCAGAUUUCCUUCUAUUGGUCUCAUUUCUAGAAGCCAUAAUUAUUAGACAACAGUUCUUUUCAUGCUUGUCAAAAAUGACCAUCCCAGGAAAGAAAUUCAUGUAUCUCUCCCUAACCAAACUACAACUAGGGUAGGGUUAUUUGCACUUACAAUUCCUAUCAGCUAGGUAAGAGUGACUUACAAGCUAGAUGGGCAUCAGCAUUCAGGACUCUACUAUUCUCCUUGCCAGUCCUCCAGGAUUCCUUCUCAGUAUAAAAGCUCCCCCACAGUAGCAACAUAACUGUCCCGUAUUCCUUGCAUGGGCCUUAGACCACCAACCUUAAGGAUCUAAUUACUGUCAUGCCCCUGCCCCAAAGCUAGUCUUCUCCCACUAUGCCUACAGUCCACCACUUUUCCCUCAUUCCUGUCCAUCUUUAUUUAGAGCUUGUGGAACCUGGUUUUGUCAACCAUACCUUAGGGGUGUAGGCAGUACUCUGGAAGAAGGGUUACCCCUUAGGCUCUCCUGUUAAUUGAAUUUGCACUUAAUGCUUGAAUGGCUAGUUACUAGAUCUGUCCUCUAAACCUGGGGUGUCAAACGCAAAUAGAAAUGGGAGCCACCAAACUGUAUCUAAGGAACCCUGCAGGCCACAGAUUGAGUUAGAAAACCAUAUGUUCAUGUAUUUUUUUUUUGUUAAACAUCAACACAUUAAAAUCAAAUAGGAACUACAUUUUAAUCUGGUUCUGGUUACAUUCAAGAGUGUUGUGGGCUAUGGGUUUGACACUACUCAAAAGCUCUUUAGUCACAUUAGUCUUAAAUGCCAGGUCUUGGAAUAAAAUGUCUUUCCUUAAAAUUCUCUGGUAAAUAAACACAUACUUUGACAAA